AUGAAUCAAACCAAGUUUUCAAAACCCUCUUUCAGCGACUCCGAGUCCGAUGAUCGUAAUGCGCCACGCGGUGGAUUAGAUUCUGAAACCGCUGAGGCACUAGAAAAGUUUGAUUUUCUCCAUGAGCAGUCCUCAGGUGCUGGCGCAGGACGUGACGAAUGGGCUGCCACGGACCAGGGUGUCAUUGAUCGUUUGAAGGAGAAAUACAAAAGUGAAAAACGAACCAAGAGAAGCUCGGGAAGCAUGGAUGAUGCAGAAGAUAAGAGGCUGAACUUGAACGACACCGUAAUUUCUGUUGGCAGCGGAAGUGGUGGCAAUCCGCCAGCAGGAGUAAGAGGCAGGAGGGGCGAAUUUCUGGAUCUAAACGAUGCACUUGGAUUGCCUCCAGAUGAGAAUAUUGACAUUAAGGAUGACUUUAUCAUUGAGGACGACGAGGAGUCUUUAAAGGCAGCAAAAUGGAAUGUGAAAUUGACUCUGCGUUCUCAUCUCGACGCUAUUCGUGCAAUGCAGUUUCAUCCAGUUGAACCAGUAUUGAUCACAGCUGGAGAGGAUGGGACUGCAAAGCUGUGGAAUCUUGACGGAGCCAAGGAGAAAUCGGGUAGGUGUCAUUACUCUAGCACGAGGGUAGUAACUCAUUACCUUCUGUUCCUAAAUAAUAGGUUGGGCUGCUCACGGAAUUUUUGGGGAAGGGAAGCGAUAUAA